CAGAUUAUGACCCAUCAGACAUGAACCUGUCUUCUGUCAACGUUUCUACAGCUGGUUAUCAGCGGGACACUUUUACCACAGCUGUGGUCAAGAAUGUGAUUGUCACAGUUCUCUGCAUUUCCAUCAACUACAUCAAUGGAACACUGCUGCACACCUUCAGAAAGCACCAGAUCCUCAAUUCAAACCCUCGUUACAUUCUGUUCAUCCACCUGGUGAUAAACGACAUGAUCCAACUGCUCCUUUCAACUCUUCUCCAUGUCAUCAGCUACGCCUUGCACAAAGUCUCCAUGCCUUUCUGCCUAAUCAUCCUGAUCAUUGCUGUUGCCGCCACCCAGAACACGCCGCUGAAUCUGGCUGGCAUGGCAGUGGAGUGCUACAUCGCUGUCUGCCUGCCCCUCCGUCAUGGGCAGAUCUGUACGGUCAAGAAAACCUAUAUUUUCAUUGGUUUGAUCUGGGUUGCGAGUGCAUUUAACAUCCUACCAGACCUGUUCAUCCUCCUGGCUACAGAGCCUCUGCAGUACUUCCACUCCAGAGUGUUUUGUGCCAGAGAUUACGUGUUCAGACGCACUGUGAAGAAGCGGGAUAUUUCACACAUUGUUUGUCUGGUCGUGGUUUGGUUCACACUCUUUUACACUUACUUCAGAGUUCUGUUUGCUGCCAGAGGAGCAGCUGCAGACAUGACAAAAGCCAGAAACACUAUUGUCGUCCAUGGUUUCCAGCUGCUCUUAUGCAUGCUGUCCUAUGUGAGACCCAUAUUUGAACAAGGUCUGACUAGCCUAAUGCCCACACAGUUCCUGAGCAUACGCUUUGCUUCCUAUGUCAUUAUCCAAAUCCUGCCACGGUUCGUUAGUCCAAUUGUCUACGGACUACGAGACCAGACCUUCAGGAGAUAUGUAAGGAGAUACCUCCUCUGUUAGCAGAGCGCAAGCAGAUACACAGAAAAUGUCAUGACCUCAAGCACAAGGCCUACUCUGAAACUCCAGGAAAAAUAACACAGCAUAUAAAAAGUAGUCACUUUGCCUUGAAUCAUAGUCUUUUUAUUUUUGUUUUUUUGACAACAGUUUUUCCAUCCAUCCAUCAUCUAGACACCUAUAGAUCCUCAUCAGGGUCAUGAGGGGCUGGAGUCUAUCCCAGCUGACUGAGGAUGAAGGCAGGAGACACCUGGACAGGUAACAGUCUAUCACAGGUUCACCUGGACAGGUAACAGUCUAUCACAGGUUCACCUGGACAGGUAACAGUCUAUCACAGGUUCACCUGGACAGGUGACAGUCUAUCACAGGGCUACACAUAGAGACAAACAAUCACACUCACAUUCACACCUACAGACAAUUUAGAAUCACCAGUUAAACUCAGCAUGUUUGUGGACUGUGGGAGGAAGCUGGAGAACCCAGUGAGAACCUACACUGCACAGGGAGAACAUGGAGACUCCAUGCAGGAAGAUCCCAUGAAGGCCAGGACGUGAACUUCUAGCUGCAAGGCAAAAGUGUUAACCACCGAGCCACUGUGCAGCACAACAACUCUUCAAUGUCAAGGUGAAAAUACAUUCCUACACAGUAUCGUCAAUCAAUUAAAAAUAUUAAAUGUAAAAAAGUUAUAAAAUUAGAAAAAAAAGGAUUUCAUCCUCUUUAAAUUAACUUAGCUAAGCUUUAGUGACUGAGACGGACAGACUGAGCAUACAAUAACUGUGGCCUGUUUAUCACAGUCAGAGCUUUAUGAGAACGUGACAAUGAAAAAGUCACUGUUUAAAAACGCUUAGACCGAACCUCAGCUGUUCACCAGAGAGCAUUUGGGAAACUCUUAAAUCAAGUGGAAGAAGCUUCUUUGGUUGGAUGAGACCAGACCUGAAACAUGUUAUCGAUCAUGAUGUCAACUUCAAGUGCACCAACGCAACAACAAAUAGUCACUGGACCAGUUGUAUCUGCACAUAACCUGUAGAACAAUGGAAGUUUGUUAUGUUAGCCUGUGAGGUGAAUGUUAAGUUGUUAAUGAGAAGAGAAGACUGCUACUGAAAGAUAACACCAAGAGGGCAAAACAAAAUCUUGCUUAGUUCAACCAGUUCACACAGCAGGUUUCUCAGGGUUGUUCAGAGGUUCCUACCACAGAGAAUAAACUAAAGUGCAUAACUCCU